GCAGAAGUUCGGUGGGCUCAAGGCCAUCCCUCCUGGGGCAGUGCAGACUAAAAUCAGAGCAGGACCAGCUGGUAUCUCACUUUGGGGAGCUCCAGAGCGAGCCAGAUGACAAAGGGAAUGGCGUGAGCUGCUGCAUGAACACUCCACCAAGGGAAGAAGCUGUUGAACUCCCAUCUCCACAAAACUGAGUUUUGCUUUGGCAGGAAUGAAGUGCUGAAGCUCACACUGCCUGUGUCCCACAGCUUGGUGUCCCACUGCCUCCAUCCCCUUGUGCCAGGAUCUGCCAUGCUCCAGGGCCAUGGAGGAGCAGGGGCAGCAGGAGAUGCCAUCAGCCCAGUGCACAGGAGGCCACCACCCCAUGCAGGAGGGAGAGGUGUUCAACACGCGAUACCAGGUGCUGCACAAGCUGGGAUGUGGCACCUUUGCCACUGUCUGGCUGUGCCAGGACAUGAGGAGGAAGAAGCAGGUAGCUGUGAAGGUUCUGAAAAGCAGGGAAGGCUUUGCUGACACUGCCCAGGAUGAGGUUGCUUUCCUCCGAUGUGUAAGCUGCAUGAAGAAGAAGGACCUGGCAGGAGAAAACAUCGUCUCUUUGUUAGAUGACUUCAGAAUGAUUGGAGAGAAUGGUUUCCAUUCUUGCUUGGUAUUUGAGGUGCUGGGUCCUUCCAUUCGAUGUCUGAUGGAAAACUACACAGCCCAGGGACUGCCCUUGUCUUUUGUGAAAAAGUCUUUACAGCAGGUGCUGGCAGGGCUGCAUUUCCUGCACAAGUGCUGCCGCAUCAUCCACGCAGACAUCAAACCGGAGAACAUCCUGCUCUAUGGACGCAGCAAAGGCCUCCAAAGGCUUCUCACGGCUACACUCGACUGCCACCAGGGAACAGAAGGGAGGCUAAAGGGAGCAGGAGGUGAUCUUGACAAUCAGUUGGAAGAAUCUGAUCUAAUGAGCAUAGAGGUGAAAAUUGCAGAUCUAGGAAGCGCAUGCUGGACAUACAAGCCUUUUUCCAAGGAGAUACAGACGCAGCCAUACCGGGCCCUGGAAGUGCUUCUUGGAUUAGACUACGGCACUCCUGCGGAUAUCUGGAGUACAGCCUGCCUGGCAUUUGAAAUGGCAACUGGAGAGUGUCUAUUUGAUCCUCAACCUGGGAAAUAUUUCUCCAGAGAUGAUGAUCAUGUUGCUCGUAUUAUUGAACUCUUGGGAAGAAUUCCUCCUCAAAUUGUUUUCUCUUGGAACAAGUCAACAAAAUUUUUCAGCAGGCCAGGCGCGCUCCUGCGGCUCUCCCGGCUCUUUCCCCGCAGCCUCCCCGGCAUCCUGGCGGACCGGCACGGCUGGACACCGCAGGAGGCGGCCGCCUUCGCCGCCUUCCUGCUGCCCGCGCUGCACUACGCGCCCGAGCGCCGCGCCAGCGCCGCGCAGAGCCUGCGGCACGCCUGGAUCGCCGCACCGUGACCCGAGCCGGCUGUCCCCGCCUCGCGGCACCGCGGGACCCGCAGCAGCGACAGCACCGCCCUCCCGCGGGGCCGGGCCGACUCUCCCGGCGGGGGCGGCGGCCCGCCCGCAACCCCCGGUGCGCCGCCUCUGCCGAGCGACCGGAGCGGGGCGGCGGCUGCGCAGCUCCGGCGUGAUCCCGCGGCUCCCUCCGCGCCCGGGCUCCACUCCCUUCCUCCCGCGGCCCUGCAGCGCUGCGGACCGCACGCAUCGCUCACUGCGAGCUGCCGCAGACGCGCUACGCGGGCACCGGAACCGGGCGGAGCCCCUCGGCCGAGCUCGGGCACCGAGC